AUGAAGAGAAUGGAAGAUUCGGGGAACCUGAAACUUUUCAAAGGAGACAUGCUUGACUAUGAAUCCUUAGCAGUCGCUGUUGCAGGAUAUGAAGUAGUUUUCCAUGCAGCUUGUCCUGUCAUUCUGGUGAAAGAACCAGACCCUGAGCUACGAUUGCUAAAGUUAAGCGAUCAUUUUCAAAGGAUAAUUUUUUUGUUUUGUCACAGCCAUAAUUAAGAAAUUUUCAGUUUUAGAUAAUUUUUCAUGCAUGCAAAGGAUUACUAGUGAGUAUGACUAUUCUGUACGUAGAUUGAUCAUUUUCUUUCUAAAACCUUUUUUUCCUAUCCCUACUCUUUCUUCGAAGUAAGAAAAUUUAAGUGUUAUAGAAUUAAUAACAUUUUAUUGUUGAUCGAUCAGUAUGAUCAUUUACUAAUGAUUCUGAUGAUGGAUAGUCUUGGCGAGUAUGAUGCUUCUGCAUGUAUAUCACACCUUUUUUUUUCUUUCUGAAAUUACUUUUUCCUUCCACUCUACCCUUGCUAGUUUGAGUUAUUACACGGAACACAAGUUUUUUGUUGAAUGGGACUUCUGACCGUACUUCAUUAUUUCGUAUUCGAUAUAAUGUUAAGCAAUCAGCUUUUUCGUGGAAUGCAUAUGUUCGAUAUAUCAUUGAGAUAGAAGGCUACACCUCGAUGAGGAUCACCAAGAUUAAUCAACCAUAACAAUUUACGUAAUCAUCAUUCCUACCUCCGGAUAAUCGUGUAAACAUAUGAUGGAUUGCCUUCAUUAUUUAUUGACAAUGUUCCUUUACCCUGACACUUAUGGGGAAAAUGUCCAUUCUUUUCAACUAGUGGGGAAAUUCAGUUCGCAAAUCAGAACGUCCUGGUCUCCUAUUUAAUCUUUCUUCAUAUUGUUGCAGAUAGAAAUGGUUCAUCCCGCACUUGACGAAAUGCUUAAUGUGCUGAAAGCAUGUUCCAAGGCAAACGUUAGAUGGGUUUUCAUGGUUUCGUCUCUUGCUGCCAUCCUCAGGAACCCGAAAUGUCCAUUUGAGAAGAUCAUGGAUGAGGACACGGUCUGA